AUGUGGGUACGAGACAUCCACCAACCAUUCACUCAGGAGAAUCUAGUGUUCUUCCGGUUUACAAGAGUGACCUUUGGAUUGAACUGCUCUCCCUUUCUGCUUGCCGGAACCAUAGUGCAUCACCUAAGAACGCAUGUCGAUGACCAGCUUGCCAAGGAAAUCGAAGACAACACGUAUGUGGACAAUCUCAUCGUAACGAAAAGGUCAUCAGACGAAGGGUUUUGGUUUCACAACGAUUCGAAAGUCGUUUUCAAGGAGCUCAACAUGAACCUUCGCGAAUUUCAAUCCAAUGAUAAGCAGUUGAAGAGACGAAUCACGUACGCCGACCUAGCUGGGAAUGAUAACCCGAAAGUCCUUGGAAUACUAUGGAACACUGAGAAAGAUGAACUAGUGCUUUUGUGCAACUACCCUCCGAAAGCGAAAGUGACAAAGAGGUCAGUCUCAGAACAAGUUGCUACAAUGUACGACCCUCAAGGAUGGCCCACACCCCUCAUGCUGGCCGGUAAAAGAUUCCUCCAAUUGCUGUGGAAAUUCGACUACGCCUGGGAUACGGAGAUAUCUGAGGAGCAUCAGCAACAAUGGAAGGAUAUCAACCAAGCAAUCAAUGGCUUUCAGUGUGUGUUGCCGCGAGAGGUCGCUCAGAUCGACAUGCCAACAAAGCUUGUGCUGUUCUCAGACGCUAGCGGACAAGCUAUGGCAACGUGUGCUUACCUUGCUUCCAUCCUGGGAAGCAAUUUACUCGUUGGAAAAUCCAAACUUCCACCCAUCAAAGACAUCGUGACGACUCCAAAAUUAGAGCUCAACGCCGUUACAAUGGCUACUCGAGUUGCACACUCAAUCUUUACAGCGAUUCAAUAG